CCCCCUUCAUGGUGCAUGUGGCCUGGCUCUGAAAGAGGGGUGGGUGAGUCUAUUUUUGGGGAGGUGCUGGGUGGUGGAUGGCUAGGUAAGUUUCAGAGAAUGUAAGUGUACACCGUGUGUGCAGUUCCUCUCUCGGCAGAAGCAGCAGCCGCCUUUCUCUUUCUGCUAAAUGGCCCUAUACAAAAUGGAUGCCGUGGAGGUGUUUGCGGCCGGAGAGAAAGGCCGCGGCCUCCGGACCACCAAGGAGAUGAAGACUGGUGAGGUGGUGUUUGCGGAGGCCAGUUUCGCUGCUGUGGUCUUUGACAGUCAGUUCAUGCACGUAUGCCACAGCUGCUUUCGCAGACAGGUUAAUCCACACCGCUGUGCCCAGUGCAAAUUUGCCCACUACUGUGACCGCACAUGUCAGACCGCUGCCUGGGAGGAGCACAAGCACGAAUGUGCCGCCAUCAAACAGCAUGGCAAGGCACCCAAUGAAAAUGUACGCCUGGCGGCGCGGGCUCUAUGGCGCAUGCAGAAGCACAAAGGAAAAGCCUUCGACACACAGCUGACAACCCUAGAUCUCUUAGUGGACAACAUCUCUGCUAUGAACUCAGACGACCUUAAAAAGCUCAAAGUGGAUGUGGACAACUUUCAACGCUACUGGCAAGGCAACAGGAAGCAGUAUAGUGCAGACUACGUCUCACAUAUCUUUGGUGUGAUUAACUGCAAUGCCUUCACUUUGAGUGACCAGCGUGGACUCCAGGCAGUCGGAGUGGGCCUCUUUCCCAACCUUUGUCUGGUCAAUCAUGACUGCUGGCCCAACUGUACAGUCAUCCUCAAUCACGGCAGUCAGACAGCUUUGGACACAGCUUUACACUCUCAUAGGAGGAUUGAGCUGCGUGCCUUAGAAAUGAUCCCAGAAGGUGUUGAGCUGACAGUCAGCUAUGUGGACUUCUUAAACUUAUCCAAGGAUCGUCAAAAGCUGCUCAAGAAUCAAUAUUACUUUGACUGCAAGUGUGAACAAUGCAGUAACAACAUCAAGGACAACCUUAUGAUGGCAGUAAAAGAAACCGACGGCAAAAAGCCUUCAGCCGAGCUCGUGAAGGAGGUCACAGAGUUUAGUGUGAAGGCCUUGGCUGAAAUUGAACAAGCUCGCAUGGCAGGACAUUUUCAUGAGGUAGUUAAGCUGGGCCGUGAGUGCUUGGAGAAGCAGGAACCGGUGCUGGCAGACACACACCUCUACCUGCUGCAGGUGUUCAGGGUGAUCAGCGAGGUGCUGUCAUUCCAGCAGUCCUUCCACGAGGCUGCACUAUACGCAGGCAGGAUGGUGGAAGGAUAUGCGAAGCUCUAUCAUCCAAACAAUGCUCAGCUUGGCAUGGCCAUGAUGAGGGCAGGAGUGACACACUGGCAUGCAGGGCUGAUUGAAGCUGCUCAUGGCCUGAUCUGUAAAGCCUAUGCAGUCCUCAUGGUUACACAUGGACCCCAUCACCCAAUUACUAAGGACUUAGAGGAUAUGCGCACACAGACAGAGAUGGAGCUGCAGAUGUUUAAGGAGAAUGAGUCUGCCUACCACAGCAUGCGCGAGGCGGUUCUCAGCAGCAAACACACAAACACCAAACUGCUGAAGAGCAAAUAGAUCUUCAAAUGCACUGACCUAAUUUAUCACAUCUAGGAAAAGCAUAAGCGCAGGGUUGGAUAUUACCAACCCAGAGCUGGAAAACCCUUCAAAACUAUUAAUUACGGAUGAUUCUGUGAAAUUAAUGGUUGGUAAAUUUCCCUGUAUGUCUCUUGGAUUUGGAAAAUGUUUGUGUAAAUAAACGUUGCCAGACAUGGAAAUUGCCCAGUAA